GUUGGUUGUUAGACUUUAAGAGAAAUGAUGACGUAACAGAAAUGAAAGUGGGUUUUAGCUAAAUCAGGAACACACACUUGAAGAACACACACUUGAAGAACACACACUUGGAGAGCACUCCCUUGACGAACUUUGCUCCUGAGUGAACCUGAUCAUCAGUAUCAAUCACUAUGGGAGACUGGGGCUUUCUGUCCACAUUGCUGGACAAGGUGCAGUCCCACUCUACUGUCAUUGGCAAGAUCUGGAUGAGCGUCCUCUUCAUCUUCAGGAUCCUCAUUCUGGGCGCAGGAGUCGAGAAUGUUUGGGGAGAUGAGCAAUCUGAUUUAAUUUGCAACACUCUUACACCGGGCUGUGAGAACAUCUGCUACGACUGGAUGUUCCCCAUCUCCCAAGUCCGCUUUUGGGUGAUGCAAAUCAUCUUUGUGUCCACUCCAACCCUGCUGUACCUCGGCCAUGCCGUCCAUGUCAUCCACCAGGAGAACAAGCUUAGAGAGUUGCGCAAAACCAACCAGUCAGUCAUGCCACCAAAAUACACAACGGAAAACGGCAAAGUCCGAAUCAAGGGCAGAUUGCUGUGUAGCUACUUGACUCAACUGUUUUUCAAAAUCAUCCUGGAAGUAGCUUUCAUCACUGGCCAGUAUUUGCUGUAUGGCGUUUUUAUGAUACCUAGAUUCAUAUGUAAGGAACCUUUUUGCCGCAUGGACAUAGAAUGCUUCAUGUCCAGACCCACAGAGAAGACUAUCUUUAAUAUCUUCAUGUUUGUGGUUGCAUGCGUUUCCCUGGCCUUAAACAUACUGGAAGUGUGCUAUUUGCUGUGCUGUAGGGUAAGAAGAAGACGGCCAAAAUAUGAAGGAGUGGUGCAUUACCAUACACAACCCUUUAGUCCACCAUUUGCUGAAAUCAGCCCGGAUUCAGAGAGCGUUCAGCAGAACAGUAUGAACAGAAACCUGGAGAAGCGCUCUAUCACAAAGGAGAGACAAAGCUACUGAAGAAAUGCUUCUGUAAAAUGACAUAAUUACACUCUAAAAACUUAAUACAACCCAAUCUGGAUUUAUAUGGAAACUCAGCGUUGGCUUUGAUGAACUAAGGCAGCAUGGGUUGUUUUGAUGGUUUAAGAUGUUAACCACAGCAUGAUGGGUUGAUUGGUUUACUUUAACUUGUGGACAAAAACUGACCCCAUUGCAGUUGACACUGUGUUUAUUUAUGUUUUAUCAGCACAAAAGUAGCAACAUUUUUGUGUACAUGUUAUAAAAGCAGUUUGACUCGAGUUCAAUGGAGUAACUUAUUGUCCAUUUUGAAAUCAUAGAAGGUGCAUCAGAAAUCUCCAGUAACUCCAGUACUAGCUAAUAAUGCCACAGCGGUCAUUUUUUAAACCAACUAGAUAUAAUAUAGCAGUAAAUUUUCUAGCUUGAUGCUAAUUUUAAAUAUAAUUAUAAUUAUCUGAUUUUUGACAUUUUCUUACAUAAUGUUCUAAUUGACGAUAUUUAGUAGGACAAAGCCAAAUUCUGACAUUAUAACUCAUACAGUUGCAGCUAAUUUCUUUUAUUUAAACGUUUUCCCAGCAGUGAAAAAAAUUCCAGACAAUAAAUGGCCCAACUGAGUCCAACUAUCAGGUCUGUAUGUUUAAACACCAACAAGCUAAACCCAGCAACUGGUUUGCAAAAAUAACCCAUCAUUUUUAGAGUGUAACAAAUUGAUAUACAUAUAUUUUUUUUAAAUAUAGGCUAAUAAACUAUUAUAGUGAAUGAAUGAUUCUGUAUAUCAUGAUGGCACGGUAUAGCAGUUGAGCUGGCUAUACAGACUCUCAUUCCUCGUAUUAAUGUCAAUCCCAACAAUCUACAAUACACCGUUUUUUUUAUGUUCAGCAUAAAGCUGUAAAUGUAUGAAAGAUUGUAAGAUACUGCCAACAAAAUCUGAUGACGGUCUUUGUGUUUAAAUUGUAUUUGGUCUUUAACAUCGUGAUUCAGUUUAAAUAAACGCCAUGCUUUUUGUGUGGAUCUUGUGUAAUAAAUCAGACAGUGUUGAAUGUGUAUUGGGUUAGUUUGGCAGGAUCAGUAGAAAAAAGUAUCCUUAAACUUUAUAGAAUGCACAGAGUUGAAGUUUUAAAGUUUUUAAGAAAAUAAUGACCUCUUCUGAGACAUCAUUUUAAAAAUAUCAUGUGAUUUUCUGCUGAUUUGCUCAGGCUUGUAGACAUAAUCAUGUGAGUUCAUGAAAAUCAUGAAAACUUCUCCAAAAUGAAAAAGUUGUAAGUAAAGACUGUGUGAUUAAGGUUAUAUACUGAAAAGUUCCGGAGCGAGAAAGGUGAAGUAUUUAAAGGUAUACAAUUGUUGGGAAAAAGAAGAAAUUUUUCCAAUGCCUGAAUUUGUAAUCCUGAUAAAUAAUAUUUCCUCAAACACAGUUAAAGGUCCACUACUGUCCAAAAGUCUGGAAUCACUUGGAAAUGCCCUUGUUCAGAUGAUUUUAAAGAAAGAUCUACAUUGUCACACGGAGGCCCAUAAUCAGCAUCCAUCAGUCCUCUGUUUCAGUCUCAUGUUAUGUUUGCUAAUCCAAGCUAAUCAUUUUAUCGGGCUAAUUGAUUAUUAGAGAACCCUUUUGUGAUUGUUCUAGCACAGCUGAAACCUGUUGUACUGAGGCUAUUGGACUUAUGGAUAGUAUAUAUACAGUCAUUGGAUGGAUGAGGGUAGAUUUAAAGGUGUUUUAAGGUGAAUAAAAAAGAAGUGCAAAGUAAAUAGCUACAGUGAGACUCAAGGGUGAGAGGAGAUAGAGACUUUAGACAAGUGUAAGAUUUCGUUAGGCCUGCAGUUUUUGCUUUUUGCUUUCCCUUCUCUGGUCAAUCCUGUAUUAAGGAUGAUCUCAAGGCUAAAAGGUGGUUUAGACUCUAUUUGACUCCAAUGAUUUCCAUCUCCAUUUCAGUCAUUUCAAGCUUUUAUUUGUUAUCAUAUGUUACAUUCAUGAAAAUUAUAUUGUUUGCUAUGUCCAGUGAUGAUGUCACUAACACUACUGUAUUGAAAUGGAGAGCAAUACUAUAUCCAGACAGAUGAGCAGCUUCUCCACUGACAGACUGAUUUUAUAGUUUUUGUUAUAUUCCUUCUUAUUUUAUUUAUUACCUGUGCUUGUGGAUACUGCUAGAAGCUUUAAAUUUCCCUUUUGGCAUGAAUAAAAUAUCUAUCUAUCUAUCUAUCUAUCUAUCUAUCUAUCUAUCUAUCUAUCUAUCUAUCUAUCUAUCUGUCUAUCUGUCUAUCUGUCUGUCUGUCUGUCUGUCUGUCUAUAAAAGUGGCUUUUUAGUAUCUGGAGCAUCGGGAAUUGUGGGUUUGUUUACAGGCUCAAAAUGGCCAGAAAGAAAGAACUCUCUUUAUUUUCAUGGUAUAAAAUUUAUCUUACUAUAAUGUGAACUACUUCCUUUCAUAGAACAUCGCAAACUGAUUCUAACCAGAACAGAAAACAAGGACAUUUGCAAGUGAUCCCAAACUUUUGAAUAGUAGAGUACAUUUCUAGCUGUUCAAAAUGAGCUGCUUAACUGUAUGCUAGAAACAGUGAUAAUUCAUUCGACAGAAGCCUAGAUCACAAGGCAAGUGUAACAGCCUCUGUCUAAUGCCGUGAUGAAUACCCGCCUCACCAAAAUCUACUGUAUGGUCAUGAACCGCUGCUGCCACAAGCGGAAAAAAAACCAUGGCUUUAAUUUUCUCAAUCUGGCAAUAAAACACUCAUAGAAGUGAAGAAAUUUUGACUCAGUUCAUUUAGCAAGCUCAGGGUUUGCUAAAUCAUUUGUCUGCUGGAGUUUUGUCUGUGUUAUGUGCUUGGAUAUAAGAGAGACAGCCAUUUGGGCCAAUGGACUCUAUUUUUGAAUAGAAAUAUCUCACAUUUUAUCCAGUAUAAAUCUUCUUAACAGAAGAGGAGUUAGUAACGUGCUCAAGUUUGGAAAACCGAAACACCAUGUGCAUGUGAAGAGGUUAAUAUCUGAGCUUUGUAAACAGAACCUUGCUCAAGGUCAGUUCACACAAAUAUUUGUGGAUCUGAACAGCUGUUUGUUCC